AUAAAUAAAUAAAAACCCAAACGCGAGUACUUGAUCCGUCCGUCAGAGCUCUGUGUGUGAGACAGAGAGAGAAAGGGAGGUAGAGAAGCUGAGACGAUGAUGUCCGGCACCGGCAAGUACACCAGCAUCGACAACCAGAACGUCUCCGGACCGAUACCUGCUGUUCCGGAUCCAGGGCAUGUCACUGUCAAAUUUACAGACUCAAACCUUCAGACCUUUCCUCCAUCUGGAGUGCAAGGAAAGAUCUCUGGUGGUUCUAUUCCUCCUCGUGAUGCUGAUGAUACUUUUUCAAAGACAACUUCUGGUUCCGAUGAGCCUCAGUCAAGUGGUUGGUUCCGAGCAUUCACAGUUGCUGCAUACAAGCCAUACUUUGACGUAGAUACUUCUGAUGUUUUAGAGAGGAUUAAAGACUCACUAUUUCCAUUUAAGGGAAGCUUUACUGAAAAAAUAUCCGACAAGCCAGACUUGUAUGGACCAUUCUGGAUAUGCACAACCCUAAUAUUUGUAGCAGCCUCAAUCGGUACUUUUGUGACAUACAUAGCUCAUAAACUGAAGAAUAAAGAAUGGGAGUAUGACAUAAAUCUGGUGACUUGGUCUGCUGGUCUGUUCUACGGAUAUGUCGUUAUUAUUCCUCUUGCAUUGUAUGUGGUACUUAAGUACUUCUCAGCACCAUCCGGUCUUGUGCAGCUUUUUUGUCUCUAUGGCUAUUCCCUAUUCAUAUUCAUUCCAGCACUGUGUUUAUCUGUUGUGCCUUACGAUAUUUUCAGAUGGGUUAUUGCUGGAGUUGCUGGGUUCAUGUCAGCAACUUUUGUGGCACUUAACCUCCGAGCACAUAUCAUGUCAGCAGGUGAAAGAUGGUUCUUGAUUGUAGCUAGUAUCUUUCUAUUGCAAGUGGCUUUGGCAAUCGCAUUGAAGCUGUAUUUGUUCACUGUUUCAGUAUAGAUGAACUUUCCUUGUUUGAGGAGAUGUGAACUAGGGUCUAGGAAUAGAUCAUGAAGAGUUUUCCUUUUGUCCUUUGUCUUUGUAAAAAUCCAUAGAAGAAAUACUCAUCAUAUAAACGCUCUUGUAUUCAUUCAUUUGUGUAGCAAUACAAGUUCAAAGGACCAUUCUCGUUUUGAGGA